GAGGUUUUAAUGUAUUAGGAUUUAUAAACGUAUUCUUGAUAUCUUGAUUAAUUGUGGUACCCCUCUAGAUGGACCAAAGCGUGGCAAUUUUUUUUUUCGAACCGUUUUGAACAUUUACUUAAUGUAACGAAUAUUUAAGAUAAAAAAGUUUUUGGUCGGGCUAUUAGUCGCUAGAGAGUGUGCAAAUUUCUGUACGCAAUUAAUAUCUCAUUGAAAUAGUGAAAACAAUUGUUAAACAAAAUUGUUCCCGUUUUGUCCCCUUUUCACCUACAUAGUUUUAAGCUUCAAUCAACCAUCUUUAACCAAGUGUUCUUUUUUUUGAAAAACUGUGCAAGAUCAGCAGAUCAUAGUUAAAUUCAAAGAUUAGUAGAAGACAGUAUAGUAACUAGCUGGUUUUUGUAUGUUUGUGUCAUCCUGUGACACUAAUGAACAUAGUCCGAUGUGAUUGUAAUUUUGGUAAUUUUGCGACUCCGUUGCGAUUUUGAUAACACACACCGUACAUAUUUUGAUUGUAGUUUAAUGCGUUGUUAGUUCGUCACGUUUACUCUAGUUUCAGGUAGUAGUUCAUCAAACCCGUCAUUUUGGAUAAACUCGUCUCCAUACACGUUAUUAACUACAGAGUAAAGAGUUGAAAAGUUACGCACGUUUGACGUUAGAUUGUGGUAAAGAAUGUCGAAUACAUCGCCACAGGCUCAAAACAAGUAGUAUUCGCGUGACUGAGUCACGAACACGCGACGUAAGAACUUUUCAAACUUGUUUGCGGCAUUGCAACUGAGCGGUUAUGAGAUAGACGAUACCUUCGGUGUUGAAGCUGAAAUGAUUAUUCUUUGCAUCAUCUCCUUGGGAAUAACCGUAAAACGCGAUGUAUUUGUUAUCAUCGUUGGAAUUAAAUAGAAAAUAUAAUAUAAUACAUUUGAAGAGUUUCAUCACUAGAAACUAUUGCCCAAGUAGUAUUGAUCACUUACUAUGAUACGCAGUUGGUACUGCAGUAGAUGUAGUCGGUAGAACCGUUUCAAGACACAGUUAAUGUCUAUCACACUAUUCAGUUGGGUUAGAUCUAGGUUACUUUAUUGUUGUAAAAAAUUUAUCGCUGCUUUAAAUCUACAAAAUGCAGAAACUAUGCGCAUGGAUUAUGUUUCUGAUUUUAGUUUGUCCUGGCAACGGACAGUUUGGUAGUGAAAAUUUAAUGCUUCCCAAUGAACGUGAAACCUUGGAUGAUUGCCAGCUACGGUUCCACCAAUUAUAUGCUUCUCCUUUACCCAAGCCAGCUUUUGGUAGGCCUGCUUUACUGAAGGAAUUUGCUCACAUGGGAGCAAUCGGCUGGACUCAAAAGGAUGGAAACGUUUCUUGGCUUUGCGGAGGAACAUUGAUUUGGUACGAUUUUGUACUGACCGCAGCUCAUUGUGCCCAAAGUGUUAAUGGUCUGCAUCCCGAUGUGGUAAGGUUCGGCGAUUUAAACAUUUAUAGUUCUGAUGAUGACAAAUACGCACAGCAAAUCUCGAUAGCUAAGAUUAUUAGAUUUCCCGAGCAUCGAUUUGCAACAUUAUAUCAUGACAUAGCGUUGAUUAAACUGGAAAAGAAUAUCACAGUUCAUGAUACAGUGGUUCCAGCUUGUCUUUGGACUGAUGACGAGAUUAGAUUUAGAACGCUCGAGGCAACCGGCUGGGGCAAAACUGGUUUCGGCUUAGAACAAACGCCGGUGCUUCUGAAAGUCACUCUGAAACCGAUCGAUAAUGUCGAAUGCAAAAAAGUGUAUACCAACGAAACAAUCCGUAAGUUACGGUUUGGACUUCAGGAUCAUCACAUGUGUGCUGUCGAUGAGAAAAUGGACACUUGUGAGGGUGAUUCGGGAGGCCCCUUGCAAACCAAGUUAUUGCACAACGGCAGAGUAACACCGUUUGUAGUUGGUAUAACAUCGUUCGGAACGGCUUGUGGAAAUGCAGCUCCUGGAGUGUAUACAAAAAUUGGUCCUUACCUUGAUUGGAUAGUUGAAACUAUGCAAAAACACGGUGCAGACGUGGAUGGGGACACUUAUAAUGCUACAUUUUGUUCUUUGCGAUUUGUGGAUUACCGUGAAUAUGAGGAUUCUGUCAUUACGUAUAGAGAUAACGAAUAUGCGUCAUAUGACUCUGAUAAUCGACACAUGUUCAUUGUGGACAAAUUACCAUCGCACGUGGUUAAACUUGAUUGGGACCUUGGAGGUCACGAAAACUGUUACGGAGUGAUUUUUGACGAAACUACAGUGUUAACACUGGCUCAAUGCGCUGCUCAUGCGGGGGAACCAGUAAAACAUAUUAUAUACAGUAGUAAUGGGAAUGAUACGAAAGUGAAUGUCUCAGAAAUACAUAUUCAUCCGAAGUAUACCGAGGGUUCCGGAUAUUAUAACAUUGCCAUUUUAUUGUUGAGUAACCUUAUCGAUAUAUACCAGGUUCAGCCAACUUGUAUCGUGCAUGGUAGUAGUAUACCAUUUAAUGAGGUUCACCUGUUUGGUUACGGGCGGAAAGAUAUCAAUUCUUUUUGGUAUUUUAGUUCCGAGCCAGAUCCUGCAGUAUCUCUUCUUCGACCACGCGUGACAAUUCAGAAUGCAACCGAAUGUAGAAUUCCUAGCAAAUAUAGUUCGAGGAUUGAGAAAGGACUGACUGGGGAGCACAUUUGUGUAGGUAACGAUAUGUUCCUAGUUCCGGAGUCAUGCGAAGCGAUCAUUGGUGGUAUUAUUGAUGGUGGCAAACUUGGUGGCCUUUAUCCCUUGACAUUUGGAUUAAAUCAGUUUGGCAGAGAUUGCGGCUUUGGUGAACAUUCGAUUGCUACUGGCCUGGCAAGUCAUGUUGAAUGGAUGAAAUCUGUGCUACUUCCAAAUUUAACUACGUCAAGUGAUGUGUUGCAUUAUAUUGAUUCAGAUUUGCAUGCAGGUGAUUCAUGUACGAGUUAUAAUGGUGACCAUGCUCGAUGUGUGCCGAUAGCCAGAUGUUCAAAAAAUUGGAAAUCGCAUCUGUCUUCGGCGACCAUUCGCUUUUGUUCGUCAAGUUCUGUAGUAUGCUGUCCAUUGACCGAUAUUGAAAAUAGCUUCGAAGUGCAUUCUGAGCUUGCUGAGUGUCCAAAUAUUGUGAGCAAACUUAAGCCAAAGGUGCCAAAUGGAUCAUUGGUUUACCUUGGAUGGGUGAUUGAAGAUGCCUUGAAUUUCAAUUGUAUAGGAACAAUUAUCACAAAAAAGAUCAUCUUGACAACUGCGAGCUGCCUUGGAAAUUCUGUUCCUAAUUUUGUUAGACUCGCGGGUAAUGCAACUAAGCUUACGUUCGAAACAGACGCUUCUUUUGUUCACAGUGCAUUCAACGCAACCGACAACAGCAACGAUAUUGGGCUAGUAAGGUUAAUCGAGUCCUUAGAAUGGAGUUCGUUUGUAUAUCCGUCAUGCCUUUGGAUGAAUAGAACGCAUACUCCACUGGUUCUUGAAAUGAUAAUCCCUAGUGGACCGGAGGAUGUAUUUUUUUCCAGACUUAGAACAAUGUACAAUUCGGAUUGUCAAAGAACGCACGGCACCCAACUGAAGGAAUACCACAUUUGUGCGAGGGAUUUUCAACGGAAUGUCACUUGUGUUUCAAUUCCUAGUUAUUUGCAGUGGGAAAGAAGAGACCGGGUGCAAUUUGUUAUUGGCUUCGCAACAGAUGCGCCAGAUUGCGAUAGCUGGAACUAUAUGUUAUUCACUAGAGUUUCUGCAUUUGUAGAAUGGAUUAGCAAUGUGCUGUGAUUGAUCAUGGCGAAAGGAAACGUUCAUGGAAUAAAUAUUGUGAAUGGUUAGUCUAAUAACAAGUAAUUUUGGAAAACGAGGAUUUUAUUGUUUCGAUUAAUUAUUAAAAAACCGCGAAUCAUCAAUAAAAUUUAUGACUGUAUCAAGCGAGAAAUGAAAGU